AAAACAGGAGACCGGAUGCGACUAUCGAUUGUCGCGUGAUCAGCUGACCGAAGUGAUCGUUCUGUCGAUUGGGACAGCAGCUGAAACGAGCCGAAUAGGAGGAUAAUUUGUGUUUCUAUUUCUCACGGAAGGAAACGCUAAUCGCCAGGCCUUUCGACAGAAGGAAAUGUUUCAGUAGAACGUUUUUUUUUCUGACACAUCACAAUAAUGUCGGGGAACAGCCUGGUGCUACCCAUUGUGCUCUGGGGCCGCACGGCUCCCACCCACUGCAUCAGCAGCCUGCUGGUGAUGGAUGACUUUAGCACCAUCAUCACCGGCUGCCAUGAUGGACAGAUCUGCCUCUGGGACAUGACACCUGAGCUGGAGAUUUGUCCCAGAGCCAUGUUGUUUGGACAUACAGCCUCCAUCACCUGUCUUUCUAAAGCCAGUGCUUGCAGUGACAAGCAGUACAUUGUCAGCGCGUCAGAGAGUGGGGAGAUGUGUUUAUGGGACGUGAACGAUGGUCGCUGCAUUGAGUUCACCAAGCUGGCUUGUGCUCACACUGGCAUACAAUUCUAUCAAUUCACCAUCGGCACUCAAAGGGAGGGUCGUCUGCUUUGUAACGGCCAUUACCCGGAAAUCCUCGUGGUGGAUGCCACCAGCCUGGAGGUCCUGUACUCGCUGGUGUCCAAGAUCUCUCCUGACUGGAUCAGCUCCAUGAGCAUCAUCCGAUCCCACCGCACACAAGAGGACACAGUGGUGGCGGUGUCAGUGACUGGGAUUUUGAAGGUCUGGAUCAUCACAGCUGAGGUCAGCAGGAUGCAGGACCUGGACCCAGUGUUUGAAGAAGAGUCCAAACCCAUCUACUGUCAGGGCUGUCAGAGUAUUUCCUUCUGUACCUUCACUCAGAGCAGCCUGCUUGUUGUCUGCUCCAAGUACUGGAGGGUGUUUGAUGCAGGUGACUACUCGUUGCUCUGCUCGGUGCCCAGUGACAGCGACCAGGCCUGGACUGGAGGAGAGUUCAUCGCUGCAGACAAAGUCAUCAUCUGGACUGAAGACGGCUGCAGUUACAUCUACAAGCUGCCCGCCAGUUGUCUGCCUGCUAGUGAACAUUUCCGCAGUGAUGUUGGGAAAACCAAAGAAGGCUCCAUCCCUCCUCUGGUCUACAGCAUCGCUAACCGCUCAGACAAACAGGGAGGAGAAGGAGGUGAGGAGGAGGUGGUUGUGGAGGUGAUCUGCCUCCCUGCCAGCGGGUACGACUUGGAGCUCUACACCCCAGAGCUACUAUACCACCACCAGCCUCUAGAGGCGCCACUCCUAAUCUGUCCCCCUGUGACUCGCUUCUUCUUUGGCCGACGGGAGCCCUUCCACAAGCUUCUGAUCCAGGGAGACUCAGCGGGCAGACUGUCCCUGUGGAGCAUCCCCAACAUCUCGCCUCUGCAGCCUCUGUCGUCCGCCGCUGAGCUGCAGGUGUCAUCCACCAUCAGUCUCCAGGAGGCGUUUGAUAAGUUGACCCCUCUGUCUGCUGGGAUCAUCGACCAGCUCAGUGUCCUGCCUGGCAAAGAAGAACCCAUCAAGGUGACGGCGAGCGUAUACAUCCCCUCUCAGGGUCGACUGGUGUGUGGGAGAGAAGAUGGCAGCAUCAUCCUGGUUCCUGCCACUCAGACCGCCAUCGUUCAGCUGCUGCAGGGGGAGCACAUGCUCCGGAGAGGCUGGCCGCCCCAUCGUACCUUGCGAGGUCACCGGAACAAGGUGACAUGCGUCCUAUAUCCGUACCAGAUCUCCCCCCGCUAUGACCAGCGCUCGCUGGUAUCCGGAGGAGUGGACUUCUCUGUCAUCGUCUGGGACAUUUUCACCGGAGAUAUGAAGCACAUCUUCUGUGUCCAUGGAGGCGAGAUCACCCAGCUCAUCAUCCCCCCCGAAAACUGCAGCACGCGGGUGCAGCACUGCGUCUGCUCGGUGGCCAGCGACCAUUCUGUCGGCCUGCUGAGUCUCAGGGAGAGGAAGUGUAUCAUGCUGGCGUCGCGACACCUCUUUCCCAUCCAGGUCAUCAAGUGGCGUCCGGCAGAUGACUACCUGGUGGUGGGAUGCUCUGACGGCUCCGUCUACGUCUGGCAGAUGGAUACAGGAGCUUUGGACCGCUGUGUGAUGGGUAUAACGGCAGUAGAGAUCCUGAACGCCUGUGAUGAGCUGGCUCCGGCCACCGUGGACGCUCUAAGCCACUCUGCGGUGAACCUGAAGCAGGCGAUGACUCGCCGCAGUCUGGCAGCACUGAAGAACAUGGCCCAGCACAAACUGCAGACACUCGCCACCAACUUGCUGGCUGCAGACAACGCUGACAAGGGUAACCUGCCGAAAUACUCCCAUAAUGCCCUUGUGGUCCAGGCGAUGAAGACCAACCUGACGGACCCUGACAUGCACGUGCUGUUCUUUGACGUGGAGGCAGUGAUCAUCCAGCUGCUGACGGAGGAAGCCCAGAGACCAAACCCCACACUGGUGUCUCCAGAGACAUUGCAGAAAAGCCAGGCUGGGGCUGACAAAGGGGGGUCCUUCCUGGCCAACAAGAUCUUCAAACAGGUGAAGGAGACAAUGAAGGAGACUAUAAAGGAGCACCUGCUGGAUGAAGAUGAGGAGGAGGAGGAAGAGAUGAGGAGGCGUGAGGAGAAGUCCAAGUCUCUCAGUCUGCUGGAGUACAACCUGACAAUGGACACAGCCAAACUCUUCAUGUCCUGCCUGCAUGCAUGGGGCCUCAACGAACAGCUGGACAGCAUCUGUCUUGAGCGACUGGGCAUGCUCAGACCGCACUGCCCCAUCUCCUUUGGCCUGAUCUCCAGAGGAGGUCACAUGUCCCUCAUGCUGCCCACCUUCAAGGAGUCCUUGCUGUGUCAGUUGUCCCUGGUAACGGGUCGGAAACUGCAUCUGUCAGACAUUGUAGGGAAGGGGACAUACGGUGUGUCAAGGGCAGUCACCACGCAGCAUCUCCUGUCUGUCAUUUCACUGGCCAACACCCUUAUGGGCAUGACCAAUGCCACCUUCGUUGGGGAGCACAUGAAGAAAGCACCAGCCAGGCCUCCCAGACCAGGAGGAACCCCGGAGUCUCCACGCAGGACACCGACUGCCCCCCCUCAGCCCUCCUGCCCGGCGCUACAGGCCCAGAUCAAACAAGGCUGGAGUCAGCUUGCAGCCAUGCACUGUGUGAUGCUCCCUGACCUCCUUGGCCUGGACAAGUUCAGGCCUCCUCUGCUGGAGAUGUUGGCGAGGAGAUGGCAGGACCGCUGUCUGGAGGUGCGAGAAGCAGCACAAGCUCUUCUGUUGGCUGAGUUAAGAAGGAUUGGCCAAUCAGGACGCAAGGACACCAUCGACAUGUGGGCUCCCUACCUCCCUCAGUAUGUGGACACAGUCAGCUCCCCCGGGACGACCACAGAGCCCUCCCCUCCAGCACCACCCCCUCCUGAGACUCAGCCGGUAGAGACCAAGGCUCCCGAGGAGGAAAUGGAUGUCACUGAUGACGACAUCACAGCAGGUUGUCUGUCCAACCUUCCACCAAAUGCCAAGAAGAUCUCAAACUCAUAUGAGGAGCGCCGUAAGCAGGCCACCGCCAUCGUGCUGCUCGGGGUCAUUGGGGCCGAGUUUGGCGCUGAGAUUGAGCCGCCAAAAGGUUCGGCACGGGCUCGAACUGGUGGACAGGCACCCGAGGGCUUUGGCCUGACAAGUGGAGGGUCAUCCAACUACUCACUGGCCAGACACACAUGUAAGGCACUGACCUUCCUGCUGCUGCAGCCCCCCAGCCCAAAGCUGCCCCCUCACAGCACCAUCCGCCGCACCGCCAUCGAUCUGAUUGGCCGAGGCUUCACUGUCUGGGAGCCGUAUAUGGACGUGUCAGCGGUGCUCAUGGGACUGCUGGAGCUCUGUGCCGAUGCAGAGAAGCAGCUGGCCAAUAUUACCAUGGGUUUGCCCCUUAACCCGCCAGCGGAUUCAGCUCGCUCUGCCCGCCACGCGCUCUCUCUCAUCGCCACUGCUCGGCCACCUGCCUUCAUCACCACCAUUGCAAGAGAGGUUCAUCGAUACAACGCAGCCCAGGCGAACUCUCAGUCUCAGCAGAACGUCCACACCACCACUCUGGCAAGAGCCAAGACUGAGAUACUGCGAGUGAUUGACAUCCUGAUAGAGAAGAUGCCUGGAGACGUUGUGGAUCUACUGGUCGAGGUGAUGGAUAUCAUUAUGUACUGUAUUGAAGGUUCUCUGGUGAAGAAGAAAGGACUGCAGGAGUGUUUCCCUGCUAUCUGCAAGUUCUACAUGGUUGGUUACUGUGACCGCAGUCACCGCAUUGCUGUCGGAGCUCGCCAGGGUUCAGUGGCCCUGUACGAUGUUCGUACUGGAAAAUGCCAGAACAUCCACGGCCAUAAAGGUCCGAUCACAGCGGUGUCGUUCGCCCCUGAUGGCCGUUACCUCGCAACAUACUCCAACGCUGAUAGCCACAUCUCCUUCUGGCAGAUGAACACCAGUCUGCUGGGGAGCAUCGGGAUGCUGAACUCGGCCCCUCAGCUCCGCUGCAUUAAAACCUACCAGGUUCCUCCAGUGCAGCCGGCAUCCCCGGGCUCCCAGAAUCACCUGAAGCUCGCCCGCCUCAUCUGGACCUCCAACCGCAACGUCAUCCUGAUGGCCCAUGACGGCAAGGAGCACCGCUUCAUGGUCUAAACCAGAUCUGUAUCUCCAGCUGAGCCUCUGUUCUUGUAUCUGACGGACCUGCACCUUCUUAGUUUUUGGGAUUUUUUUUUGUCUGAGGCAGAAUCUGAAAAGCUGCAGCAUGGAUUCACUAUUUGCCACUUUAAUUUUAGCUCCCAAAAUGUAUCCUGAGCUGCUGAGUCACUCAGUUAAGAGAGCGUAAACUGAGCGAGGCUGAUAGUAAAGUUUCAUCUGGUUUUCACCGAGAUUUAUUCAAAGUUUUUACUUAAAAGAACAAGCCUCACAUGAAGUAAUUAAACUGCAGCUUGGCCAGAAAACUAAAAACCCAGCUCAGGUCCAGGUUUGGCCUGGAUGACUUUUCGGUUGACCUCCCAUAGUGAUAAAUUUUGUGUGAACGCGUAUGUAUUUAUGGGCCAAUAUAGAAGGCUUGUUUAAAUUUUAAACUGCAUUGAUGUAUUUUUAGUCAUUUACACCUUCUUGUCAUUCCUAUUUUAUUUGCUGUUUAUAUCGCAUGUCACAAAUUUCCUCUGUUGCCAUCUUGCCGCGGCCUUUUUGGGUCUCGGCUGUUGCUGUUUAAAGUCCGCCUUUGACUCGCAACCAUUUGGCUUCCCACCUAGUUUUUAAUUUAUUUCAGCGCUAAUUAAGAGAAUCCUAUUAUUAAAUGUUUGAAACUAUUUGCAGGUAUUUGUGGAUUUAUUUUGCAGGAUCUCUGACUGGAACAUGGAUUUAACACAGGGACUGAGAAUGAAUUGAUCUUUGCCAUUUCUUUAAUUUUAUUGCUCUUUGUUGAGGUUUGUUAGGGAGUCAAGGAGUGAAGCAACCUAAAGGGAAUAUAUUUAGUUUUCAUUGCUGGAAUAAAUCAUUUCUGAUACUAGCAUGUUUUAUAAGAAAUUCUCCACAGCCCUAUGGAAGCUUUUGUACACCCCGACCUCUGUAAGACAAGUACACCCUGUGUGUGUUUGUGUGUGUGUGAGAUUGUGUGAGUGCUCUGGUACUUGCUUUUACUUUUGGUGACACCUUUGAAGCUUUUCCAUCCUCUCUGAGCUUCACGCAGAAAUGUGUGUGUAGGUGUUUACACCAAGUGUAUUUUCACUGUUAAACACACAUUCUCACUUCAGACUGUUCACCCUAAAAGCAUGAUUGCAGUAAACCUUUAGAAGCUGGAGGUGCAACGGUACUCGCCCCAGAUAUGUAAAAAUUCACCAUAGGACACAAACUGAAGCUUGUUGUUAUUUUGGUCACAUUUAAAGUGGACAACUGAAACACUGAAUAGUUCAGCAAAAAGGGUUGCGGGAUGCAAGUCCAUAUAGUCCACUUGAUUUCCCUUUGCAUGUGGUCUGACCAUGACGUCAGCCUUGUACAGCCUUUGCGCACAACUCUUAGAGGUGGUUUUUCCAGCAUCAUUUUGUUUUAAUUCAGCCUGCUGUCUUUGGCUUUCUUAUUUUAUUCAGUAACAGACAGUUCCAUAGUUUCCUGUGACCACAUUUUGGUCCAAAAUCCCACUUCUUUUUCUGGCUCUUUUCCUUCCGAUGACGCCGGCUCAUUUCACUCACCUCUUUCUUUCUCUCUAAGGAUGUAAAAACUCUCCUGAAGGAAAACAGCGGCUGCCUAUUUUCUUGCCUCAUUUUUACCCCUUACUUCUGUUUUUAGGGGGUUAUGUGUUUCUUUGCAGAUGAUGAUGAUGCUUCAUAUUAGACUGAUAAAUGUGAAGACUGCUCUUCUUCUUUCAGCUUUUCUCUUGUCAUUCAUCCUGCCCCCAUCUGUCUUUUAGGAGGAUGUUUCUAGAUAUAAAUGUGUACAUAUACAGUAUAUAUCAUCAGAGCUACUGUGUAAUAUAGCCUGGUGUUAAUCAUGUACAUUGAGCAUCAAUCCUGUUUUGUGUGUUUUUUGGGGCUAACAUGACAGUCUGUCUGGCACUGACUAGUUCUUCAGAUGAGCACAUUUCUCAUCGAAGUCAAUUUAAAACAUGAUAUUUUGACAUUUGAAUUUUUUUUUAACCCUGAGUUACUUGCAAAAUGAGGUAUUACUUGUUGCAUUUCCCAUUGGUUUUAACAAGGUAAAUUAAGUGACCCAUCUUUUUUAACAUUACUUAAAAGGCCAAAAAAAUGGCAGUGUCUACUUAUUACAUUCAAGGAAAACUACAACUUUUCUCUUGAAUGUUAACAUUCCUUCUUAAUGGCGGCAGGUAAAAAAGGCAUGAAGUAUCUCAUUAGCCUGGAGCUAACCAUACCAGUCAUUGCUUAUGAGGAAUGCUAACAGCUGUAACAGCAUAAUCUGAUAAAGGAAACUUUUUUUCGUGGACCUCCAGUGGUUUAUCUUCCUGUCUUGCUUCAGUGAGGUAGACGUUUACUCUAGGGUGUGUCAGUACACCAUGAUAUCACUGUUUUUUCAGGUGCAACAGAGAACGUUUUUGACCACAUAAUUAAAACUCGGGCUUGGAAGGUUUCCAGCCUGACUCUUCACGGUUGACGAUGUUUUUGCACAUUAUAGCUUAACUGUCAGUCAGUCUUCUUGCUUUAAAAUGUUGUUUUAAUGCUCAGAGUUUUAUGCAGAGAGAGAAAUAUAUACAAGUAUAUAUACAUAAAUGAUAUUUAUAAAGUGACAGUUGUCUGUCAUCAUUAGACCACGUUUAGAUGGUUUUACUUUUACUUUUUGUGACUUUUUGAAGCAGUUCACAUUGAAGAGUUUGGUUUUAAACACCCUUCACUUGCUUUGCUUCUAAUUUUUUCACUCUUCCUUCUCCUCUGUCCUCCCUCCUCUCCUGUCAGUUGCAUUAGUGCUGUCAGAAAGCUUCUAACACCGUUACACACCUGUAAACCCAAGCGUGUCAAAGCUUUUCACAAGUUCUUCCUCUCUUCAAAAAAUAUCCAGCAGCUUGUCAGACGGGCUUUUUGAAAAACACACACACACACACACACACACACAUACACACCAAGUCCAGCCAGCUUUGGACCGCCAGGUCCAGACAGCUUUGAGAUCUUGAUUUUACGUUUUCUCCGCCACUCUUAACAGUUUGAGAAAAUAUGUUUUUGGCAGCUUCUCAAGGGAGGAAAGGUGAGAAAAAUAAAGAAGGCAGAGAGGAAGAGCUGAAGAGUAAGUAACAAGCUAGGAAGAUCAGGUCAUCCACCCAGAAAAAGAAGGUUCUUUGGUGAAUGUAGUGAACUGAAAUGUCUUAAAGAACCUUUUUGGGGUUUUUUCCAAAUACAACACGAAAACUGUGGUGCAGUUACUGAAAAUGUCUCCAAAAACUGCAAGUUUUCAACAUUUGAUACAUUCAUGAAAUGGAUCUUAACAGCACUGUAAAGAAUAAUUUUAACAAAGCUCUGUGACUGCUUGAGAGAAACAUUUUUACGUUUGAGCUCACUUUUAGGUCUUUCUUUCUCCUAUUUUCUCUUUCUCCUUCUUCCUUUCCCUUUUCCCGUGAAGUUGAAGAUAUGAACCGGCUUCUUCAGCUUUAGUCUGUCUCAGACUGUAAAAAGCAAAGGACUUCCCUCAGUUUUCAACAUCUGUUGUGCGAUGACCAGCUGAUCAUGUUUUUUAAGUGUCUCCUUAAUUUUUCAACAGCAAACAUAUAAUAUCUGAACUUAACACUAAAUGUAAUCAGCAGUUUUUCUUAUUUUGUUUUGAUGUGAUAAUGUAUUUAUUGUUUAUGAGUACAGUGAUCUAAGUCCAGAUAUUUAAGAGUGUGUGUGUGUGUGUGUGUGAUGUAGUGCAUGUAUACAAGCUUUCCUUAGUGUAACACAGUGCAGGUUGAAUCUAUUGUGCAUUAUAUACUGUACACGUGUUAAAAUGUGUUGUUGUUGUUGUUGUUGACUUUGUGUCCAAUAAAGGUGAAAAUGA